UUCUAUCUGUCACUAUUGAUCGAUUGUUUGGUGAUGUUUUGUACCUAUUCGAUUGUCGGCGAUCGCAAAACAUAAUUCUAUUCAUUAUAUUUUGUUGAUUCUAAAUUGAUUCUGAUGCUUCGGAAAAAACUUCAUCAAAUGCUGGAUAAAUAAACUUAACAUUUAAGUAAUAACAUUUAUGUUUCAAUCGUAUUUUAUAAGUUAAAAAGAUCUUAAAAUUAUAACCAAUGAUGAAACUAGUGGAUCAAGUUGUGAGGAGUUUUAAGGUGGCAAAAGUUUUCCGAGAAAAUACUGAUAAAAUUAAUAGUAUAGACUUCUCACCGAGUGGAGAGACUUUAAUAUCGUGCAGUGAAGAUGACCAAAUUGUUAUAUACGAUUGUGAAAAAGGAACGCAGAUGAUAACUGUAAAUAGUAAAAAAUAUGGUGUUGAUUUAAUCCAUUUUACACAUGCUAAGAACACUGCAAUUCAUAGUUCAACCAAAGUUGAUGACACUAUAAGAUAUUUAUCAUUACAUGAUAACAAAUAUAUACGAUAUUUCCCAGGACAUACAAAAAAGGUUGUAACAUUGUGCUUAUCGCCUGUGGAAGAUACCUUUCUCUCAGGUUCAUUGGAUAAAACUCUACGUCUCUGGGAUUUACGCUCUCCAAAUUGCCAAGGUCUUAUGCAUUUAUCAGGUAGACCAGUUGCAGCUUAUGACCCUGAAGGGCUUAUUUUUGCAGCUGGUGUCAAUUCAGAAAGUAUUAAAUUGUAUGACUUAAGAUCAUUUGAUAAAGGACCAUUUGUAACUUUUAAAUUAAAUCAGGAAAAAGAAUGUGAUUGGACAGGUCUUAAGUUUUCUCGUGAUGGAAAAACAAUGCUUAUAAGUACAAAUGGUUCCAUUAUAAGGUUAGUUGAUGCCUACCAUGGGACUCCACUUCAAACAUUUACUGGACAUCUUAAUAAUAAAGGAAUACCGAUUGAAGCAUCCUUCAGCCCUGAUUCACAAUACAUAUUUAGUGGAUCUACAGAUGGAAGAGUACAUGUCUGGAAUGCUGAUACCGGAUACAAAGUCUGCGUUUUAAAUGGUGAUCAUCCUGCACCCAUUCAGUGUGUUCAAUUUAAUCCAAAAUAUAUGUUACUAGCAUCUGCUUGUACCAAUAUGGCAUUCUGGCUUCCAACUAUAGAUGAUGUUUGAAUAAGAUUAUUAAACUUUGAGAUAUACAUAAUAAAUGUCUUUAUAUUUUUCAA